GGGGCUGCCGGGACGGGUCCAAGAUGGCCGGGCGCCUCGGUUCCGCUCCUGUUGGCGGUGUCGAACCCCAUUCAUUGCCGCGCUGCUAAGCGGCGCCGCGGGUCGGCUCGAGGGCUCGGGGUCUGUCCCCGCGGGGCGGGAGGCCGCCAUGGCGACGCUGGAGAAGCUCAUGAAGGCCUUCGAAUCCCUCAAGUCCUUCCAGCAGCAACAGCAGCAGCAGCAGCAGCAGCAGCCUCCGCCGCCGCCGCCUCAGCUUCCUCAGCCGCCGCCGCAGGCGCAACCGCCGCCGCCUCAGCCGCAGCAGCCGCCGCCGCCCCCUCCGCCCCCGCCGCCCCCCGGCCCGGCCGUGGCCGAGGAGCCACUGCACCGACCAAAGAAAGAACUUUCAGCCACCAAGAAAGACCGCGUGAACCAUUGUCUGACAAUAUGUGAAAACAUAGUGGCACAGUCACUCAGAAAUUCUCCAGAAUUUCAGAAACUUCUGGGCAUCGCUAUGGAACUUUUCCUGCUGUGCAGCGAUGAUGCAGAGUCGGAUGUCCGGAUGGUGGCUGAUGAGUGCCUCAACAGAGUCAUCAAAGCCCUGAUGGACUCCAGUCUGCCGAGGCUGCAGUUAGAGCUGUAUAAGGAAAUCAAAAAGAACGGUGCUCCCCGGAGCCUUCGUGCCGCCCUGUGGAGGUUUGCUGAGCUGGCGCACCUGGUCCGGCCUCAGAAGUGCAGGCCUUACUUGGUAAACCUUUUGCCUUGCCUGACUCGAAUAAGCAAGAGACCUGAGGAAUCUGUUCAGGAGACCUUGGCUGCAGCUGUACCCAAAAUUAUGGCUUCUUUUGGCAAUUUUGCAAAUGACAAUGAAAUUAAGGUUCUACUAAAGGCUUUUAUAGCGAAUCUGAAGUCAAGCUCCCCAACCAUUCGGCGGACGGCGGCUGGCUCAGCAGUGAGCAUCUGCCAGCACUCGAGGAGGACCCAGUACUUUUACAGCUGGCUAUUGAAUGUGCUCUUGGGCUUGCUGGUCCCCGUUGAGAGUGAACACUCCACCCUCCUGAUUCUUGGGGUGCUGCUCACACUCAGGUACCUGGUGCCCUUGCUGCAGCCUCAGGUCAAGGACACGAGCCUGAAAGGCAGCUUUGGGGUGACGCGGAAGGAACUGGAAGUCUCACCCUCAACAGAGCAGCUCAUCCAGGUCUAUGAGCUGACCUUGCACUACACUCAGCACCAAGACCACAACGCGGUGACAGGCGCGCUGGAGCUCCUGCAGCAGCUGUUGCGGACGCCCCCGCCUGAGCUCCUGCGGGCCUUGAGCACUCCAGGCGGCGGGCCACUCUCCACCAUGUGCCACCAGCCUGGCUGCCGGAGCCGCAGCGGCAGCAUAGUGGAGCUCCUGGCUGGAGGGGGUUCUUCAUGCAGCCCUGUCCUUUCAAGGAAGCAAAAAGGGAAAGUGCUCUUUGGAGAAGCAGCGGCCUUGGAGGAUGACUCCGAGUCCAGAUCAGAAGGCAGCAGCCCCGCCUUCACAGCCUCAGUCAAAGGUGAGAUUGGUGGCGAGCUGGCUGCGUCUUCUGGAGUCUCCACUCCUGGCUCUGCCAGUUCAGCUGCGGACUCUGUGGGCCAUGACAUCAUCACCGAGCAGCCCCGGUCACAGCAUACGCUACAGCCAGACUCGGUGGAUCUGACCGGCUGUGACCUGGCGAGCGCAGCCACCGACGGGGACGAGGAGGAUAUCCUGAGCCACAGCUCCAGCCAGAUCAGUGCCGUCCCGUCUGACCCAGCCAUGGACCUGAAUGAUGGCACCCAGGCCUCCUCCCCGGUCAGUGACAGCUCCCAGACCACCACUGAGGGGCCUGAUUCAGCUGUGACCCCUUCGGACAGUUCCGAAAUUGUGUUAGACGGUGCUGACAGCCAGUAUUCGGGGAUGCAGAUCGGACAGCCACCGGACGAGGAUGAGGAAGCCACGGGUGUCCUUCCAGAUGAAGAUGCAGAUGCUUUCCGAAGCUCUUCAGUUGCUCUUCAGCAAGCACAUUUACUGAGAAGCAUGGGCCACAGCAGACAGGCCUCUGACAGCAGCAUCGAUAAAUUCGUCUCCAAAGAUGAAGCUGCUGAACCAGGAGAUCAAGAAAACAAGCCUUGCCGGAUCAAAGGUGACAUAGGGCAGUCUACCGAUGAUGAUUCUGUUCCUCUUGUCCAUUGUGUCCGCCUUCUGUCUGCUUCAUUUUUGCUGACCGGGGAGAAAAAUGUGUUGGUUCCGGAUAGGGACGUGAGGGUCAGCGUGAAGGCACUGGCACUCAGCUGUGUGGGAGCUGCUGUGGCCCUUCAUCCCGAGUCCUUCUUCAGCAAACUUUAUAAAGUGCCUCUUGACACCAUGGAGCACCCUGAGGAGCAGUACGUGUCAGACAUCCUGAACUACAUUGAUCACGGAGACCCCCAGGUCAGAGGAGCCACGGCCGUUCUCUGUGGGACCCUCAUCUCCUCCAUCCUUAGCAGGUCCCGCUUCCAAGUGGGGGACUGGAUGGGCACAGUCAGAGCCUUGACAGGAAAUACGUUUUCUCUGGUGGACUGCAUUCCUUUGCUGCAGAAAACUUUGAAGGAUGAAUCUUCUGUGACUUGCAAGUUGGCUUGUACAGCUGUGAGGCACUGUGUCACGAGUCUGUGCAGCAGCAGCCACAGCGAACUGGGGCUGCAACUGGUCACCGACUUGCUGACCCUGAGGGACAGCUCCUACUGGCUGGUGAGGACGGAGCUUCUGGAGACUCUUGCAGAGAUUGACUUCAGGUUGGUAAGCUUUUUGGAGGCAAAAGCAGAAAACCUGCACAGAGGGACCCAUCAUUAUACAGGGCUUUUAAAACUGCAAGAACGAGUGCUCCAUGAUGUGGUCAUCUAUCUGCUCGGGGACGAGGACCCCAGGGUGCGGCAUGUUGCCGCAGCGGCCUUGAUAAGGCUCGUCCCGAAGCUGUUCUAUAAAUGUGACCAAGGACAAGCCGACCCCGUCGUGGCUGUGGCGAGAGAUCAAAGCAGUGUUUACCUGAAGCUCCUCAUGCACGAGACGCAGCCUCCGUCUCACUUCUCCGUCAGCACCAUCACCAGAAUAUACAGAGGCUAUAACUUACUGCCAACCAUGACAGACGUCACGGUGGAAAACAACCUCUCCAGAGUCAUCGCGGCCGUUUCCCGCGAACUGGUCACGUCCACCACGCGCGCACUCACCUUUGGGUGCUGCGAAGCUCUGUGUCUCCUUUCAACAGCCUUUCCCGUCUGCAUUUGGAGUUUAGGUUGGCAUUGUGGGGUGCCCCCACUGAGCGCCUCCGAUGAGUCAAGAAAGAGCUGUACUGUUGGCAUGGCCACGAUGAUCCUCACCUUGCUCUCGUCAGCAUGGUUCCCCCUGGAUCUCUCAGCCCAUCAGGAUGCUUUGAUUUUAGCCGGAAACUUGCUUGCAGCCAGUGCUCCCAAAUCUCUGAGAAGUUCGUGGACCUCCGAAGAAGAGGCCAGUGCAGCAGCCGCCAAGCAGGAAGAGGUCUGGCCAGCUCUGGGUGACCGGACCCUGGUGCCCAUGGUGGAACAGCUCUUCUCGCACCUGCUGAAGGUGAUUAAUAUCUGUGCUCACGUCUUGGACGAUGUGGCUCCCGGACCAGCAAUAAAGGCAGCCUUGCCAUCUCUGACAAACCCUCCAUCUCUGAGUCCCAUCCGACGGAAGGGAAAGGAGAAAGAACCCGGAGAGCCAGCCUCUGUGCCCUUGAGCCCCAAGAAAAGCAGUGAAGCCAGUCCAGCCUCUCGACAAUCUGAUGCCCCAGGGCCUGUUACAGCAAAUAAGUCCUCAUCGCUGGGGAGUUUCUGUCACCUUCCUUCGUACCUCAAAUUGCACGACGUCCUGAAAGCGACUCACGCCAACUAUAAGGUUACCUUGGAUCUUCAGAACAGCACUGAAAAGUUUGGGGGCUUUCUGCGCUCUGCCUUGGAUGUUCUCUCUCAGAUCCUGGAGCUGGCAACGCUGCAGGACAUUGGGAAGUGCGUUGAAGAGAUCCUGGGGUAUCUGAAAUCCUGCUUCAGUCGGGAACCAGUGAUGGCAACUGUUUGCGUUCAGCAGCUGUUGAAGACUCUCUUUGGGACCAACUUGGCCUCCCAGUUUGAUGGCUUGUCGUCCAACCCCAGCAAGUCUCAGGGCCGAGCACAGCGUCUGGGCUCCUCCAGUGUGAGGCCGGGCUUGUACCACUACUGCUUCAUGGCUCCAUACACGCACUUCACCCAGGCCUUAGCUGAUGCCAGCCUGAGGAACAUGGUGCAGGCGGAGCAGGACCACGACCCCUCAGGGUGGUUUGAUGUCCUUCAGAAGGUGUCUACCCAGUUGAAGACCAACCUCACAAGCGCCACGAAGAACCGCGCAGAUAAGAAUGCUAUUCAUAAUCACAUCCGCUUGUUUGAGCCUCUGGUUAUUAAGGCUCUAAAACAGUACACGACCACUACGUCCGUGCAGCUGCAGAGGCAGGUGCUGGACCUACUGGCGCAGCUGGUGCAGUUACGGGUCAAUUACUGUCUGCUGGACUCUGAUCAGGUGUUUAUUGGAUUCGUGCUGAAGCAGUUUGAAUACAUUGAAGUGGGACAGUUCAGGGAAUCAGAGGCAAUUAUUCCAAACAUCUUUUUCUUCCUGGUAUUACUAUCUUAUGAACGCUAUCAUUCAAAACAGAUCAUUGGAAUUCCUAAAAUCAUUCAGCUGUGUGAUGGCAUCAUGGCCAGUGGGAGGAAGGCUGUGACACAUGCCAUUCCAGCUCUGCAGCCAAUAGUGCAUGACCUCUUUGUACUGAGAGGGACCAACAAAGCCGACGCUGGAAAAGAGCUUGAAACCCAAAAAGAGGUGGUGGUGUCGAUGCUGCUGAGACUCGUCCAGCAUCAUCAGGUGCUGGAGAUGUUCAUCCUGGUCUUGCAGCAGUGCCACAAGGAGAACGAAGACAAAUGGAAGCGACUGUCCCGGCAGAUCGCCGACGUCAUCCUCCCGAUGUUAGCCAAGCAGCAGAUGCACAUUGAUUCUCAUGAAGCCCUUGGAGUGUUAAAUACUUUAUUUGAGAUUCUGGCCCCUUCCUCCCUCCGUCCCGUGGACAUGCUAUUACGGAGUAUGUUUGUCACUCCAGAUACAAUGGCAUCUGUAAGCACUGUUCAACUGUGGAUCUCAGGAAUCCUAGCCAUUUUGAGGGUUCUGAUUUCCCAGUCAACUGAAGAUAUUGUUCUCUCUCGUAUUCAGGAGCUCUCCUUCUCCCCAUAUUUAAUCUGCUGUCCAGUAAUUAAUAGGUUAAGAGACGGGGACAGUACUUCAACACCGGAAGAACAUAGUGAAGGAAGGCAAAUCAAGAGUUUGCCAGAGGAAACGUUUUCAAGGUUUCUACUACAACUAGUUGGCAUUCUUUUGGAGGAUAUUGUUACAAAGCAGCUCAAAGUGGAAAUGAGUGAACAGCAACAUACUUUCUAUUGUCAAGAGCUAGGCACGCUGCUAAUGUGUCUGAUUCACAUCUUCAAGUCUGGAAUGUUCCGAAGAAUCACAGCCGCUGCCUCCAGACUCUUCACGGUAGACAGCGCCGACAGCAGUUUCUACGGCCUGGAGAGGCUGAACGCGCGGGUGCGCGCCAUGGUGCCCACGCACCCGGCCCUGGUGCUGCUCUGGUGCCAGAUCCUGCUGCUGGUCAGCCACACCGACUACCGCUGGUGGUCAGAGGUGCAGCAGACCCCCAGGAGACGCAGUCUGUCCAGUACGAAGUCACUCAGCCCCCAGAUGCCUGGAGAGGAGGAGGACCCCGGUGUGGCCUGCAAGCUUGGGAUGUGCAAUAGAGAGAUAGUGCGAAGGGGAGCUCUCAUUCUCUUCUGCGAUUAUGUCUGUCAGAACCUGCACGAUUCAGAGCACCUAACGUGGCUCAUCGUGAAUCAUAUCCAGGACCUCAUCAGUCUGUCCCAUGAGCCUCCCGUGCAGGAUUUCAUUAGCGCUGUUCACCGGAACUCCGCCGCCAGUGGCCUCUUCAUCCAAGCAAUUCAGUCCCGCUGUGAAAAUCUUUCCACCCCGACCACCCUGAAGAAGACACUUCAGUGCUUGGAAGGGAUACACCUCAGCCAGUCAGGUGCUGUGCUGACGCUGUACGUGGACAAGCUGUUGUGCACUCCGUUCCGUGUGCUGGCUCGCAUGGUCGACACGCUGGCUUGUCGCCGGGUGGAAAUGCUUCUGGCCGCAAAUUUACAGAGCAGUGCGGCCCAGCUGCCCGCAGAGGAGCUGAGCAGGAUCCAGGAGUACCUUCAGAGCAGCGGGCUGGCGCAGAGACACCAGAGGCUCUACUCCCUGCUGGACAGGCUUCGUCUCGCCACUGCACCUGGCUCACGCGGCCCUUCUCCUCCGGUCACGUCCCACCCGCUGGACGGGGAUGGGCCCCUGGCACUGGAGACCGUGGUUCCAGACAAAGACUGGUACCUGCGUCUAGUCAAAUCCCAGUGCUGGACUAGGUCAGAUUCUGCGCUGCUGGAAGGGGCAGAAUUGGUGAAUCGGCUUCCUCCCAGUGACAUGAGCACAUUCAUGAUGAACUCGGAAUUCAACUUAAGCCUGCUGGCCCCAUGCCUGGGCCUGGGCAUGCGCGAAGUCUCUGGGGGCCAGAGGAGCCCCCUUUUUGAAGCAGCUCGCCUAGUGACCCUGGACCGUUUGACCAGCCUGGUUGAGCAGCUUCCUGCUGCCCAUCAUGUCUUCCAGCCGUUCCUGCCUGUGGAGCCCAUUGCCUACUGGAACAAGUUGAAUGAUCUAUUUGGGGAUGCCAUGUUGUAUCGGUCCUUGACCACUCUGGCCCGGGCCCUGGCCCAGUACCUGCUGGUGUUCCCCAAACUGCCCAGCCAUUUGCACCUCCCCCCUGAGAAGGAGAGGGACACUGUGAAGUUUGUGGUCAUGACCCUCGAGGCCCUGGCGUGGCAUUUGAUCCAUGAGCAGAUCCCGCUGAGUCUGGACCUUCAGGCGGGCCUGGACUGCUGCUGCCUGGCCCUGCAGCUCCCCAGCCUCUGGAGCACACUCUCCUCCCCGGAGAUGGUGACCCAUGCCUGCUCUCUCAUUCACUGUGUCCGCUUCGUUCUGGAAGCUGUUGUGGUGCAGCCUGGGGACCAGCUUCUUAGUCCAGAAAGAAGGAUGAGCACCCCGAAGGCUUCCAGAGAGAACGAAAUAGAUUUAGACACACAAAACCCGGCAUACAUCACCACAGCCUGUGCGAUGGUGGCAGAGAUGGUGGAGUCUUUGCCAUCGGUGUUAGCCUUGGGGCACAAAAGGAACAGCAACACCCCCGCGUUUCUCACAUCGGUGCUCAGGAACAUCAUCAUCAGCUUGGCUCGCUUACCCCUCGUCAACAGCUACACGCGCGUGCCCCCCUUGGUUUGGAAGCUCGGAUGGUCGCCCAAGCCAGGAGGGGACUUUGGCACAGCCUUCCCUGAGAUCCCAGUGGAGUUCCUCCAGGAGAAGGAAGUCUUUAAAGAGUUCAUCUACCGCAUCAAUGCACUAGGCUGGACCAGCCGCACCCAGUUCGAGGAGACGUGGGCCACCCUCCUUGGUGUUCUGGUGACUCAGCCACUGGUGAUGGAGCAGGAGGAGAGCCCACCAGAGGAAGACACAGAGAGGACCCAGAUCAAUGUCCUGGCUGUGCAGGCCAUCACGUCGCUGGUGCUGAGUGCAAUGACCGUGCCUGUGGCCGGCAACCCCGCUGUGAGCUGCUUGGAGCAGCAGCCCCGGAACAAGCCCCUGAAAGCCCUCGACACCAGGUUUGGGAGGAAGCUGAGUAUUAUCCGAGGAAUUGUAGAGCAGGAAAUCCAAGCAAUGGUUUCAAAGAGAGAGAACAUCGCCACCCAUCACUUAUACCAGGCGUGGGACCCCGUCCCUUCUCUGUCUCCAGCUACAACAGGUGCCCUCAUCAGUCACGACAAGCUCCUGCUACAGAUCAACCCCGAGCGGGAGCUGGGGAACAUGAGCUACAAGCUUGGACAGGUGUCCAUUCAUUCCGUGUGGCUGGGGAACAGCAUCACGCCCCUGAGAGAGGAGGAGUGGGAGGAAGAGGAAGAGGAGGAAGCUGAUGUCCCUGCCCCGGCAUCACCACCCACGUCACCGGUCAACUCCAGGAAGCACCGGGCGGGGGUCGAUAUCCACUCCUGCUCCCAGUUUCUGCUCGAGUUGUAUAGUCGCUGGAUCCUGCCGUCAGGUUCAGCCCGAAGGACGCCCAUCAUCCUGAUCAGUGAAGUGGUUCGAUCCCUCCUGGUGGUGUCGGACUUGUUCACGGAGCGCACCCAGUUUGAGAUGAUGUACUCGGCGCUCACAGAGCUGCGGAGGGUGCAUCCUGCCGAAGACGAGAUUCUUACCCAGUACCUGGUGCCUGCCACCUGCAAGGCGGCUGCUGUCCUCGGGAUGGACAAGGCUGUGGCAGAGCCGGUCAGCCGGCUGCUGGAGAGCACACUGAGGAGCAGCCACCUGCCCAGCAAGGUUGGGGCCCUGCACGGUGCGCUUUAUGUGCUGGAGUGCGACCUCCUGGAUGAGACGGCAAAGCAGCUCGUCCCGGUCAUCAGCGACUAUCUCCUCUCCAACCUCAAGGGGGUGGCCCACUGCGUGAACAUUCACAGCCAGCAGCACGUGCUGGUCAUGUGCGCCACCGCCUUCUACCUGAUCGAGAACUAUCCCCUGGACGUGGGCCCAGAGUUCUCAGCCUCAAUCAUACAGAUGUGUGGGGUGAUGCUGUCCGGAAGUGAGGAAUCCACCCCAUCCAUCAUCUACCACUGUGUUCUGCGGGGCCUAGAGCGCCUCCUGCUCUCUGAACAACUCUGCCGGCUGGAUGCGGAGUCCCUGGUCAAGCUGAGUGUGGACAGAGUGAAUGUGCACAGCCCACACCGGGCCAUGGCUGCCCUGGGCCUGAUGCUUACCUGCAUGUACACAGGAAAGGAGAAACUCAGUCCGGGCAGAAGCUCAGACCCCAGCCCUGCCACCCCAGAUAGCGAGUCAGUGAUUGUGGCAAUGGAGCGUGUGUCUGUUCUUUUUGACAGGGUCAGGAAAGGGUUCCCCUGUGAAGCCAGAGUGGUGGCACGGAUCCUUCCUCAGUUUUUAGAUGACUUCUUCCCACCCCAGGACGUCAUGAACAAAGUCAUUGGAGAAUUUCUGUCCAACCAGCAGCCGUACCCACAGUUCAUGGCCACUGUUGUGUACAAGGUUUUCCAGACUCUACACACCACUGGGCAGUCGUCCAUGGUCCGGGACUGGGUCAUGCUGUCCCUCUCCAACUUCACGCAGAGGACCCCAGUGGCCAUGGCCGUGUGGAGCCUCUCCUGCUUCUUCGUCAGUGCUUCCACCAGCCCAUGGGUCUCGGCUGUCCUUCCCCACGUCAUCAGCAGGAUGGGCAAGCUGGAGCAAGUGGACAUUAACCUCUUCUGCCUGGUGGCCACGGACUUUUAUAGACACCAGAUAGAAGAGGAGCUGGACCGCCGGGCCUUUCAGUCCGUGUUCGAGGUGGUCGCGGCACCAGGAAACCCGUAUCAUCGACUGCUGACUUGUUUGCAGAAUGUCCACAAGGUCGCCGCGUGCUGAGCGCCCACGUGGGGCAGUGGCCCUGGAGCUGGGGAUCCCGCCCAUGUCGGCGCGGUU